GCGAGGCGGCCCGGGAGAGCGCGCGCGAGCGGCGGCUGCCGGGGCCGCCUGUGCACGGGCGGCGGCGAGGGUGGCGGUCGCCGGAGCCGCGCGGAACCCGCAUCCGCGGCGAGGGUGAUGAGGCUGCCCUGCCACGCUGCUCCGCUCGCCGCCAGCUGACACCGCCUGCGCCCAGCCCGCCCGCAAGGGGAGACGCCGCGGGGCCGUGACCUUGGCGGAGGAGGGCAGACUGAUCAUUCUUGUACGGGAGAGUGGACCAACUUUUGGUGACAUGGCCCAGGGGAAUAAUUAUGGACAGACCAGCAACGGGGUGGCAGAUGAAUCCCCCAACAUGCUGGUGUACAGAAAGAUGGAAGAUGUCAUCGCACGGAUGCAAGAUGAAAAGAAUGGUAUUCCUAUUCGUACUGUCAAAAGCUUUCUUUCCAAGAUCCCAAGCGUCUUCUCUGGGUCAGACAUUGUUCAAUGGUUAAUAAAGAACUUAACUAUAGAAGAUCCAGUGGAGGCCCUCCAUUUGGGAACGUUAAUGGCUGCCCACGGCUACUUCUUUCCAAUCUCAGAUCACGUCCUCACACUCAAAGAUGAUGGCACCUUUUAUCGGUUUCAAACACCCUAUUUUUGGCCAUCAAACUGUUGGGAGCCGGAAAACACAGACUAUGCCGUUUACCUCUGCAAGCGAACAAUGCAAAACAAGGCGAGGCUGGAGCUGGCCGACUAUGAAGCUGAGAGUCUGGCCAGGCUGCAGAGAGCGUUUGCCCGGAAGUGGGAGUUCAUUUUUAUGCAAGCGGAAGCUCAAGCAAAAGUGGACAAGAAGAGAGACAAAAUUGAAAGGAAGAUCCUUGAUAGCCAAGAGAGAGCAUUCUGGGACGUCCACAGGCCCGUGCCUGGAUGUGUAAAUACUACCGAAGUGGACAUUAAGAAGUCAUCCAGAAUGAGGAACCCACACAAAACGCGAAAGUCUGUCUAUGGUUUACAAAAUGAUAUUAGGAGUCACAGUCCUACCCACACACCCACACCAGAAACUAAACCUCCAACGGAAGAUGAGCUACAUCAACAGAUAAAAUAUUGGCAAAUACAGUUAGAUAGACAUCGGUUAAAAAUGUCAAAAGUGGCCGAUAGUCUACUCAGUUAUACAGAACAGUAUGUAGAAUAUGACCCAUUUCUUGUACCACCUGACCCUUCUAACCCAUGGCUGUCCGAUGAUACUACUUUUUGGGAACUUGAAGCAAGCAAAGAACCAAGCCAGCAAAGGGUAAAACGAUGGGGUUUUGGCAUGGAUGAGGCAUUGAAAGACCCAGUUGGAAGAGAACAGUUCCUCAAAUUUCUAGAAUCUGAAUUCAGCUCAGAAAAUUUAAGAUUCUGGCUGGCAGUGGAGGACCUGAAGAAAAGGCCAAUUAAAGAAGUGCCCUCCCGAGUUCAGGAAAUAUGGCAAGAAUUUCUGGCGCCCGGAGCUCCCAGUGCCAUAAACUUGGAUUCUAAGAGUUAUGACAAAACCACACAGAAUGUGAAGGAACCUGGACGAUAUACAUUUGAAGAUGCUCAGGAGCACAUUUACAAACUGAUGAAAAGUGAUUCAUAUCCACGUUUUAUAAGAUCCAGUGCCUAUCAGGAACUUCUACAGGCAAAGAAAAAGGGGAAAUCUCUCACGUCAAAGAGGUUAACAAGCCUUGUUCAGUCUUACUAAAAGAAUCAUCUUGUAGCAUGGAAGCAGACCGGAGUCAUUGCACAUACAUUGUAGCUCGUUGUUGUCACCUGGCACAGAGGACAUUAGACCAAGACGUUGCAUGAGCAAAGGACCUGAAUUGUUAUUUCUGUGUGUACAUUCCAUCCCCAAGAGACUCUACCAUCUCAAUGCAUUUCAAACUGUUGUCUGCUUUCUUUCUUCUACUAAGCUAGAUUUGUGUUCUUUCUUUUUGAACAAGUUCAAGUGAAGUAAAACUUUUUUUCUCUCUCUCUCUCUCUUAAAGCUUCUGCUAGACACAGUUCACUGAAAAUUCAGUCAUUCACGAACUGGAAGAAUUGUAAAAGAAAAAGAUCAUAUAUCAAUAAGUAUACACAUGGCUUCACAUUUAUUAAACAGUAAAGUAGCACAGAAAGUUUCAUUUCACCAAUAUAUUCACAGUCAGAAACCAACCCAUGUCUUUGUUGUAUGUACACUCUCGGUUAAUGUUUCUUGCAUUUAUUUUUAUACCAUAUUUAAAGAAAAAAACACCUUUUACUCCAAAUGUAUUAAAGUUGAUCCCUUCUCUGUAAA